AUGGGUAAACUAGCUCUUGCAGCAAUAGUGAGCUCAUGGGUUGUUCCUAUCACCAUAAUGGUCAAUCGCAUAGUUACUGAGCCAUAUAUGGAUGAGAUAUUUCAUAUACCACAGGCUCAGCAGUACUGUAAGGGAAAUUUUGGAAGUUGGGACCCUAUGAUUACCACCCCUCCUGGCCUGUACUAUCUUUCACUUGCGCAUGUUGCUUCUUUGUUUCCAGGCUUAUACUGUGUAGAAGCUGCUUCAUCAUUUUUGGAUGUGUGCUCUGCAUCCAUUCUUCGAUCAAUCAAUGGUGUCUUAGCAAUCACAUGCAGCAUAAUUCUAUAUGACAUCAUUAUUCACUUGAGACCAACUCUUGGUGACAGAAAGACAAUGCUUCAUGCAGUUGUCCUAUCCUUGUACCCCCUUCAUUGGUUCUUCACUUUUCUUUAUUAUACGGAUGUUGCAUCCGUUACUGCUGUGCUGGCUAUGUAUCUUGCAAGUUUGAAAAAGAAUUACUGGUUAAGUGCAUUGGUUGGAGCCUUUGCAGUUAUUGUUCGACAAACGAAUAUUAUAUGGGUGCUUUUUUGUGCAUGCAUUGGUAUAAUAGAUAUUUCUCUGAUGCGUGGAAAGGGCAAUGCAAAAACAGCCAAAUCAGAUGUAUCAGUUGAGCAUGAUUUCACAUCUGUUACUGGUACAAGCACAAAGGAUCUUAAAAGGAGAAAGUCUGUUAAAACUGUAAAUACUUCCGAGUACUCUUUGCCUAGGAUAAGUGCAUCUUCUCCUUCCUUCUCUUCAGCAGAUUUGUUUGAUGAAAUUCGGGCAGUCCUUUUAACAAUAUGGCAAAUGAAGUUGGAGCUUUUAAUUUCAUUUAGCCCCUAUCUCAUGGUGUUGAUAGCCUUUCUUUUAUUUGUCUAUUGGAAUGGAAGUAUUGUUCUGGGUGCAAAAGAAGCACAUGCUGUUUCCCCACAUUUUGCUCAGAUACUAUAUUUUGGUUUAGUUUCUGUUUUGGCUCAGGCUCCCAUGCAUUUCACUUUCACCCAUGCUGUGGACAUGUUUCAGUCAUUUUGGAGAAGUAGGCCCCUUAGUUACAUUCAGAUGUUCCUGGCCCUCAUUGCUGGCAUUUUGUCUGUACACUUUUUCAGUGUAGCGCAUCCAUACCUUCUUGCUGAUAACCGUCAUUACCCUUUCUAUCUCUGGAGGAAAGUAAUCAUGGCUCACUGGUCAAUUAGAUAUCUUUUCGUCCCAGUUUACAUGUAUUCAUGGCUUUCAAUCAUUCAUAUGUUGGGUAAAGUUAGAAGUAGAUUAUGGAUAUUGACAUACUUUUUGGCUACAGCGGCGGUUCUUGUUCCAGCUCCACUCAUAGAGUUCAGAUAUUACACCAUACCAUUCUAUUUCUUGGUCCUUCAGUGUAACAUAAGGGAUGGUCCACAUUGGCUUCUUACAGGGAUGCUAUAUGUUGGGGUUAAUAUCUUUACAAUGUUAAUGUUUUUGUUUCGGCCAUUUCAUUGGGAUCAUGAGACUGGGAUUCAAAGGUUUAUAUGGUGA